AUGGGGUGCACGGCGUCGAAGCUGGACAACGACGACACUGUACGGCGGUGCAAGGAGCGUGCCCGCUUCAUGAAGGAAGCCGUCUACGCCCGCAACCACCUUGCCGCUGCUCACUCAGACUACUGCCGCUCGUUACGAGUAAUCGGUUCUGCCCUCUCCGCUUUCGCCGCCGGCGAACCCCUCGCUGUCUCUGACAAUACCCCCGCCAUUCUCCUCCAUAAUCCCUCCCUCCCUCGCUCUCGCCCCCGCACCACCCACAUCCCCUCCACCAAUUCCGCUCGUCCACGUGUCCCCUCUCCCUCCCCCUCCCCCUCUCUCCACGAGCCACAACCACCAUCCUUCUCUCCCUCUCCAUCCCCAACCAUUGCCAGCUCCAAACCCCCUCAUAUCCUUGCCGCCUCCAGCCUCCCGUCUCGCCACCACCGUAACCACCGCAAGAAACCCAUCAAAGUCCCUCACAUUCUCUCCGAAUCAAGCGUCUUCGGUUCCUCUCCCCAAAGCGACCACAACUCCAAUUUCAACCACCACAGUAAACAAAAAGAUUGCACAUACGAUGAUGAUUCAAACUAUUCUUCAACUCCAUCACAAGCCUCCUCCGUCUGGAAUUGGGAAAAUUUCUACCCUCCUUCCCCUCCAGAUUCCGAAUUCUUUCAACAGAAUCGCAAGAACAAAGAUAACAAUGACGACGAUACCUCCUCUGUAUUUUCAUCUUCAACCUAUUCGACCCUUCACAAAAGCAACAAUCUCCAAGAUCAAGAUCGAACCCGUGACAAUCUUCGCCGUCACCACCACCUUGACUCCGACUCUGAUUCUGAAGAGAGAGAAAGAGAAAGAGCGACAGAAAGGGAGGAGGUCCAUUGUAGCGAAUGGGGCGACCAUUACAGCACAACAACAAGCUCUUCCGAUGAAGAAGAAGAAGAAUCAAGAUCUGAGAUAGGAUCGAUGAGGUCAAAUUUAGGAUCGUCGGUACACAAUUAUAAGCCAAAAGAAACUCCGGUGACGGGGGCGGUGAAUCCGAAAUCGCCGGACGAUGCUGGGUCAUCGGUGAGUUGGAAUGCUGGGAAAAGUGAGUUCUCAUCGUCGUCCGAUAAGAAGAUAGUGGUGAGGCACAAGGAUUUGGCUGAGAUUGUUGACGCCAUUAAGGAGUUCUUUGAUAAGGCUGCAUCCGCCGGCGAACAGAUCUCCGAGAUGCUCGAGACUGGCCGUGCUCAGCUCGAUCGAAGUUUCACACAGUUGAAGAAGACUGUGUAUCAUUCAAGUGGAGUGUUGAGUAACUUGAGCUCGAGCUGGACGUCCAAGCCGCCAUUAGCGGUUAAGUACCGGUUCGAACCGGGUUCAAUGGAUGAGACGGGCGGUCCCAAGAGUCUGUGCUCUACUUUGGAACGGCUCUUGGCUUGGGAGAAAAAGCUCUACCAGGAAGUCAAGGCUCAAGAAGGGGCGAAAAUUGAACAUGAAAGGAAGUUGUCGGCACUACAGAGUCAGGAGUACAAGGGAAAUGAGGAUGCAAAGCUGGAUAAGACAAAGGCAUCAAUAAAGAGGCUGCAGUCCCUUAUUCUGGUCACAUCUCAGGCUGUAUCUACCACCUCCUCUGCUAUUACCGGUCUUAGAGACACCGAACUUGUCCCUCAGCUUGUUGAACUUUGCCACGGGUCCAUGUACAUGUGGAGGUCGAUGAACCAGUUCCACGAAGUCCAGAAUGACAUUGUGCAACAAGUGCGGGGCCUUAUCAACCGAUCAGCCAAGGGUGAAUCAACCACAGACCUACACCGGCAGGCCACACGUGACCUUGAGUCAGCUGUUUCUGCCUGGCACUCAAGUUUUUGCCACCUAGUAAAGUUCCAAAGGGACUUCAUCCGCUCCCUCCAUGGCUGGUUUAAGCUCACUCUCCAUCCUGUUAACAUUGAACGAACUAAUGGAGGCACUACUACGGAACCAUCUGAGGCUUUUGUAUUCUGCGAUGAGUGGAAGCUCACCCUUGACCGUCUACCUGACACAGUUGCAUCUGAAGCCAUCAAAAGCUUCAUCAACGUUGUCCAAUCAACAUAUUUGAAACAAACAGAGGAGCUCAAAAUCCAAAAACGAACUGAAUCUGCAUCGAAAGAGCUCGAGAAAAAAGCUUCAGCUCUUCGAAACAUAGAAAAGAAGUAUUAUCACUCCUACUCCAUGGUUGGCAUUGGGCUUCCUGAUAGCGGGCAUGAUAAUGGGCAUGUGUUGGAUGCAAGGGACCCUCUCGCCGAGAAGAAAUCUGAGCUUGCAGCUUGCCAAAAGCGGGUGGAAGACGAGAUGGUAAGGCACUCCAGGGCGGUAGAGCUGACGAGAUCAAUGACACUAAAUAACAUCCAGACGGGGUUGCCAGGAGUAUUCCAGGCUAUGACCAGUUUUUCUGCCUUGAUCAUGGAGGCGCUCGAGGUAGUGUGCAAUCGUUCCUAUGCCAUCAAGUAGAU